UCAACCAUCAACUUCUCUCUCUCUCUCUCUCCUUUCUCUCUCAUCCAACCCAAUUACAAAAGACAUUAUGAUGCUAGAAAUAAAAGGUGGUUGAUGCAUGAGUAAAACUCAACUACUAGUAUAGUGUAUCGCAAAUUCUCUCUCUCUAUUCUCACCACCUUCCCUUUGUAAUCCACACACAAAUACCCCAUCUUGAUUUCUUUGAUUUUUCGCCUCGUUUUCCACGCACGCAGACUUCUAGCCUGUAUUCGUAUUUUCUAUCCUGACCCUCUUCCUAUUUGCUUCGUUUCUUCCAGGAGUAUUAAACGGUCAUGGUGAGCAUUCGGAGGCGCAGACUUUUAGGAUUAUGCUCAGGACAAAAUUCUUUCCUGGCUCCACUUUCACGAGUUCUUGAGAAUGGACACACCCCUGAGAACAGUAUCGAGGACACAAAACCAGGCAGUGUUCAUCCUCUGCCUUUAACUGAUGGUUACAUGCCAAAAGAAGAAACCAUCUCAGAGACUAUGAACGGUUCACCAGAUUUGUCUGCGUCAAGUCCAUCGAAAGAGCAUCUGCUGAGGCAAUUCCCUGAGGUCAAACGUAGAAAGCGACACAGGAGGAAGCAUGUUGAAAACCAGGAACCAUGUACCAUGCGAGGUGUCUACUAUAAAAAUAGGAAAUGGCAAGCUGCUAUUAAAGUUGACAAGAAGCAGAUCCAUUUGGGAACCGUGGGCUCCGAAGAAGAGGCUGCUCGAUUGUAUGAUAGGGCUGCAUUUAUGUGCGGGAGAGAGCCCAACUUCGAGCUAUCAGAGGAGGAAAAGCAGGAACUCAGAAAAUACAAGUGGGACGAGUUUCUAGCCAUCACGCGUUCUGCAAUAACUAACAAGAGCCAGAGGAGAACUGGGCCAGGUUCGCGAAGAAAAUCUCUAAACGACGAAUGGGCAGGCGAGCCCGGACAAAGCACCUCGUCAGCUUCAGAAGAUGGCACAUUUGCCCCUUGAUUUGUUUCUGUCUUGUGUUGCUUCUACGGAUCUGCAGGCUGAAUAAGUUCAGUUGAAAAGGUCAUGUUCAGAUUGCUGCUUGCCUUUGUAUCUGAUUCAAUUUCUUGGCAUAUAAGAGCCCCUAUUAGGGCAGAUCAGUUUGAAGUUUCCCAGAAAGGGAAAUUGCUAUUCUUGGUUUAGUAACAGUUAAAAACCACAUGCUUCACUAUAAUCAUCUUCCUCUUCUACUACAUCUA